AUGUCUCUUUUGUCUGCCGUAGAGAGCAGUAUUUGUGAAGGCAUCAAUAGUGAUGCGCUGCAGUCUUACUUGACAACUGGACUGGUCCCGUGUAACAUCACACUGGAGCAUUAUACUUGUGCACAGCUCACAGGAUUCACUGCACAGAACCUGGCCCAGCUCCUGGCAUGCAAGCUGUCCAGCAACAUGACUUACUCCAGGGAGAUUUGGAAGCUGCUCCUCAUCAAGACCUCAGAGGUUCUGGAAGGGGCACUCAUCCUCUUCUCCGGCAUGUCUCAGCCAGUCAUGGGACCAUCUGUAUCUCAUGUCCUGGAUGUCCUUGGGGAGCUCAUUUUGGACUCGAUCAGUGAUCUACAGUGGAAAGACAUCAGUUUCAUCUCCUUACUCUUGGGUGAACUGAGUCAUCAGUCUGAUCAAGAUCAGGCAGAGAAUGUACUCAAACACUUCAUCCAACCCUUCCUGUCUAGAAACCCAUCGUGUGAGAUGGACAUAAACAAAUGUGUUGUGAUUUUGAACCUUUGUGGCCCCAACUCAAACUGUGCCAAUACCAAUGGAAGCUACAACUGUUCCUGCUUGACUGGAUAUCAGGUGGCCAAUCCAAACCAAUCCAUAAGUGAAAGCAAUCAGUGCACAGAUGUGAAUGAAUGCCUUCAGACACCGUCAGUUUGUGGUCCAAACUCAGUCUGCAACAACACCAUUGGAGACUACAGCUGCUCAUGCUUGAGUGGAAGUAGUGCUGAAAAUCCCUGUACAGAUGUGAAUGAAUGCCUUGAGACCCCACCAGUCUGUGGUCCAAACUCAGUCUGCAACAACACCAUUGGAGACUACAACUGCUCAUGCUUGACUGGAUAUCAAGUGGCCAAUCCAAAUCAAACCAUAAGUGAAAGCAAUCAGUGCACAGGUUCAACAAUCACCCUAUUACCACUGUCAGCAAUGACGCCAACAUCACCAUCAUCACAACCAACAUCACCAACAACACUGCCAACACCACCACCAAUACUGACAUCAACAAAACCAACACUGGCACCUACACCAAUACCAGCAAUGCCAAUAACCCUACCAGCAACAGAACAACCAUCAGGACCAACAACACCACUACCAGGACAAUUUUCAACCAUCAGAUUGUCUUUGACAAUAAAGGGAGUCUAUGAUUUCCGCCUAAAUGAUCCAACAAGUGACACAUACAACAGAUUUAAAACAGAUAUUGAAACUGCUGUAGAAGGCAAUUUCGCUAAAAUACCAGGUUACAAGGUCAACUCAGUUAAUGUAAUAGGUUUUAGGCCAGGUAGCAUUAUUACAGACUUCUCUCUUCAGCUGUCAAAUCCUAGCAUCAGUUUUCUGGAUGCAAGCAAUGGCAUCAUAAAUAACCUACAAGCAAACAGUUAUGGAUUUCCUGACAACCCCGUUGCUCAAAGUGAAAUGGCACGUUUGAGAGACAGCACAGGCUUUCUGUUUCCCAGAGAGCGGUUGGUGCUUAUCUGCAGUGGACGUAUAACCGAGUGGAGAUUUGAUGGGCAGAAAAUUCCUGAUGCAUCUGGUGAAAUAUUAACGAUAACAAACAUUAAUCCAGCUAAUAAUGGACGCUAUGAGUGUGUAUCAACUAAAAACUCACUGCCGUUUAUACAGUGGGAAAACAUUGAUAGCAUACAACCAUUACCAAAUAUUCAGACGAGUCGAGACAAACAUUUUCAGUGCAAAGUGGCACAAAGAGUAACCCUGAUGUGUUGUUCAAGCACAGGGUAUGAGGUUGAGAUGGUGAAAGUGAGUGAUGUAAACAAUUAUCUUCAAGAGACAGUGUCAUCUGAAGAUUGUAUGUAUUCAUACAUUGUAAGGAGCUGCACAGAUGGUUCGGGAACUGUCACAUUCAACUGCAAAUUAACAUUAACACAUUUGCAGAGCUUUGAUUACAGUUCAAGAAGCAUUACCUUAACUUUUGUAACUGAAGAGUUUGAUUGUUCCGAUGAGAACUUUGGGGCUGGAAAUGCUGGCCAGGUAGUUGAGGGGAGCUGUAAGCCAGAUGAAAUUGGUAGUGUUACAGCACAAUGUGAAGGGACUGACUGGUUGAUUAUAGAAAACAACUGUGUUUUGGCUGUGAUCAAUGAACUGGAAGCUGAAUCUCAGAGUUUGACGGCAGCAUCCCUACCAGGGUAUAUGGACAGAUUAAGUAACAUCACAUUGGGAAAUGAGGGACGCAUAUCCAGCUCACCAGCAAAUAUCAAUAGUAUUGUAACUAUACUGAGAAAUGUUGGAAAUGUUUCACAACGCUUUACAAUUACCGUUGAUAUUAUGGAGAAUUUCCUCAACACCUCAACAGUCAUUGUGUCCAAUUCUACCAUCAGUGCCUGGAGAAGUUUAAAUAAUGGCAACACAACAAAGAAUGCCAGUGCAUCUUUACUGGGUUCUAUUGAACAUAUUGCUGGAUCCCUGCCAGGGGACACAUCUUUUGAAACAGGAUCAGACGCUAUUCAGCUACGUCAAAUUGUGGUCAACAGCUCAUACAGUGAGACGCUAGGAGCAGAUGCAUCUGCUGCGAUCUUCAUCCCAGAAGAGGGGAAUUUUACAAUUACAACCAUCACAUUCUCAACCCUAAAUUUUGUUCUACCAGCCAGGAAUAGUAGUGACAAUGGUAGCAAUUUAUACAACUCCAUCAAUGCAGCUGUGGUUCUAUUGCAAGUAAAUGACACUAUCAAGAACAUCUCGCUCAGCUUUGACGUCAUAAAUGAAACACUAGAAAAUCCUCAGUGUGUCUUUUGGAACUUUGAGCUUUUUGAUGGACUUGGUGGAUGGGAUUCAUUUGGAUGUCAGCUUAUAUCAUUUGUGAAUAACACUGUCACUUGUGAAUGCAACCAUACAACUUCGUUCUCAAUGCUAAUGUCACCAUCCAUUCCUCCUGGCAUAAAAUUGUUGCUGGAUUUCAUCACCUACAUCGGUGUGGGUAUAUCCCUUGCCAGCUUGAUCAUAUGUCUUAUCAUUGAAGGAAUCAUAUGGAAGAGUAUGGCCAGAAAUGACACAUCUUACAUGCUGCACGUCAGUAUAGUAAAUGUUGCUGUGUCACUUCUGAUCGCUGAUAUCUGGUUCAUUAUAGGGGCAGCUAUAUCAGACUCCGAAUCAAUAGCAGUUGGACCAUGUACAGCAGCAACCUUUUUCAUCCAUUUCUUUUACCUAGCGAUGUUCUUCUGGAUGUUGGUGUCUGCUCUUCUGCUGUUUUAUCGCACGGUCAUGGUUUUCUCACAGAUGAAGAGGUCAACAAUGCUGGCAAUUGGUUUCUGCCUUGGCUAUGGGGCAUCCCUCAUAAUCGCCGUGGUAACUGUUGCAGCAACUGCUGGAGGUGGAGGUUAUAUCCGAGAGAACAAUGUCUGCUGGCUCAACUGGGAUGAGACUAAAGCACUUCUGGCUUUUGUGAUUCCAGCGCUGACCAUUGUGGCUAUAAACUUUCUAGUGAUGAUUGUUGUCCUCUUCAAAAUGUUGAAAAGUGGUGUUGGAAACACAGCACAGAAUUAUGACAGACAUACUCUAGUGGUCAUAGCGAGAUGUGUCACCAUCUUAACCCCCCUCUUCGGCCUUACAUGGGGAUUUGGCAUUGGCAUCAUGGCUGCGCCUGAAGCUGUAGGACUCCAUGUUGUUUUUGCAGUUUUAAAUUCAUUACAGGGAUUCUUAAUUUUGGUGUUCGGAACACUGUUUGACAGCCAGAUCAAGUCAAUUUUAGCAGCAAGACUACGUCAACCAAAUCGUAACUCAGGCGGUACGCGGAGCACAGAUGUUGGGACAGCCGCUUCGAGCACAUUUGACUUCUUUAUAAGGAUUCGAAGGAGAAAUGCGUACAAUAUUUCGAGGGGGAUGUUGUCACCUCAGGUAUCAAGUAGCAACAAUGGGACUGACACCACUAACACUUGAAUGAAGAUAUUAAUGAAACGCUAUUAAAAGUCCCCAAAAAGGUGGUAGAAUGUUGAAGAUGAAUUAUGUUAAAUACAUGUAAAUACGUACUGUAUCUCCAAGUUGUUAAAAGAUCCAAUUGAGUAAUAGGCUGUAUGAGAAUGCAUGGGUAUGUAUGUUUUUUUUAUGUUUAUGCACUUUUUACACUGUGAUUUAUUUAUCUACAAGGAUUUAAGGAUGUUUAUUUGUCACAUGCAUAUGAUUACUAAUGUAAGGAAUGCAGUGAAAUUGUAGGUUCCUUU